GUCAUGUCAAUUUCAAAUAAAAGUGAAUGGUGGACUUUUUUAAUUUUACAAUACGUUUUGUAAAUCUUGAUUCAAAUAAUACUUAAAGUCUCACUCGCAAUGGUGUUUUUAUCAAUGAUAAAUUAUGUUCGAUCGAAAGGACCGGACGAGUUUUGGCGCAAAAGGAAGAUCUUUCGACUAGCUGCUCAUUACGUGGGUCGCAGACGCAAUUGUUAUUCCGUAGCCGUGCGUAACGUCCACCGUGCAUUAGUUUACGCAACAAAAGCAAGAAAGCUGAAGAAACAAGAUAUGAUAGACUUAUGGAAUACAAGGAUCACAGCAGCUUGUGAACAACAUAACGUAACAGCCUUUACAUUCAAACAAGGCUUGGAUCGUGCUAAUAUUAUGUUAGAUCGGAAAUCAUUAUCAGACCUUGCCGCUUGGGAGCCACGUACUUUCGAGUGUUUAGCAGCAGUUGCCAAAAAGAAGGUUGAACUGGACGGUUUUAUAGACGGAACAGAUUCUAAAAGCCCCACUGGAGUCAACCUCAACUUAAAAGAUGUCAUGCUUGAUGCGUGGUUGAAGGAAAAGAAAUAAAUCUCCUUGUAGCCUUUAUUUACUUUUUAGUUUAGUCGUUAAUAAAUAAAUCUUAUCCUAAGUA